UUUCCCCAGAUGUUUGCUUUAGGCGCGCCAAAUAAUAACUGCAUGUGACACGAGGACAUCCCGCUGUCGCGCGGUAACAGGUAGUCAAGGGAACUGACAUCACCGAAUUUCAAAUCGAUAUCAUAGGAACCCAGAAUAGCAUACUCUUAAAAAAUAAAUAAAAAAUUGAUCGUCCGCUGGAGUGACACGCUCUCUGGAAAGAGGGCAUCUUUCUCACGGAUUUGAUGGAUGUUUGAUCGGUUGGUGAUGCCCAUUUAUAUCAUCGACCGCAAAUUUCCAGAGACACCUGGUGAGUUUCUACAAGCUGCCCCAGAGGGACAGCAGACCAUGGCCGACAAUAACACCCAGAAAAAAAAGCCCCAUUGGACCUCACUGGAGAUUGGUCUCCUGACGAUUGUAUCUUUACUCUUUGUCAUUAUUGUGGCUCUCAUCAUCCUCUUCAUCACACAGAGUGGCAAAGAUGGAGUUUGCGUAACAGCUGACUGCACACAGUCAGCAUCCCGCCUUAUUGAGAACAUGGAUUCCAAUGUGAAUCCGUGCGAAAACUUCUACCAGUACGCCUGUGGUGGCUGGCUUAAGAAGAACAUCAUACCUGAGACAAGUUCACGUUACAGCACCUUUGACAUCCUCAGAGAUGAACUGGAGGUGGUACUCAAAGGGGUGCUGGAAAAAGAGAACAGUGGAAGCAGCAGCUCAUUGGCCAAGGCCAAGAUUCUCUACAGGUCCUGCACCAAUGAGAGCCUCAUUGAACAGAGAGGUGGGACGCCUCUUCUUAAAAUGCUGCCAGAUGUCUUUGAGUGGCCAAUAGCAACAGAUGAUUGGGACACCACCUAUGGACUUAAUUGGAAAGCAGAGGAUGUCAUUGCCAAACUGAAUGAGAAAUAUGGAAAGCAAGUCCUAGUUAGCUUUUUUAUCGGUACAGACGACAGAGACUCCAAUGCACACAUCAUUCAUUUUGACCAGCCAAGUCUUGGCCUCUCCUCAAGAGACUACUAUGUGUGCACUGGGCCCUAUGAGGAGGCCUGUGUGACAUAUGAGAACUUCAUGACUGACUUGGCGAAGCUUAUCCGAACUGACCGGCAGCUGGAAGUUAAUGACACUAAUAUCAGACAAGAGGCUUCCCGGGUGAUGAUGAUGGAAAAGGAAAUUGCUAAUGCAACAGACACACCAGAAGACAGAAACAACCCAGUUCUACUUUAUAACAAGAUGCCUUUGGAGACCAUGAACACCAAUUUCACCCUAGAUAUUAAUUCCAGGGUGUUCAACUGGACGCACUUCACUAACAAGAUCAUGGACACAGUUGGCGUUCCCGUUACAGACAGUGAGAAGGUUAUUGUGUAUGCCCCUAACUACUUAAAGAGGCUCAACCCUGUCCUUGCCAAGUACACUAAGAGGGACAUUCAGAACUACAUGGUGUGGCGCUUCAUAAUGAAUCUGGUUGUCGGUCUGGGUAGGCCAUACAGGGAGACCAGGAAAGCCUUCAGAAAGGCUAUCUAUGGGACCAGCUCUGAAGCAGCGGUUUGGAGGCAGUGUGCCAUCUACGUAAACAACAACAUGGAAAAUGCUGUGGGGAGAUUGUAUGUGGAGGAAGCCUUUGCUGGAGAUAGCAAAGGAAUGAUGGAUGAGAUGAUCGCUAACAUCAGAGAGGUGUUUGUAAGUAACCUGGACGAUCUAGCUUGGAUGGACGCUGAAACUAAGAAAGCUGCAGAGGAGAAGGCACGCGCAAUCCGAGAAAGAAUUGGCUUUUCAGAAAACAUCAUGAAUGACACAUACCUAGACCAGGAGUACCAAGAUUUAAGCUACAAUGGAGAUGAAUACUUUGAGAACAUUCUGAAGAAUUUGGAAUUUGGUCAGAAGAAACGGCUGAAGAAAUUAAGAGUAAAUGUGAACAAACAAGAGUGGAUUACAGGAGCUGCUGUGGUCAAUGCAUUCUACUCAUCUAGUAGAAACCAAAUAGUAUUUCCUGCAGGUAUUCUUCAGCCUCCAUUCUUUGGUAAAGGUCAGCCCUGGUCUCUGAACUACGGAGGCAUUGGCAUGGUCAUUGGACACGAGAUCACACAUGGUUUUGAUGACAAUGGACGUAAUUUUGACAAAGACGGUGACCUCAAAGACUGGUGGACUCCAUCUUCGACUCAGAAGUUCCAUGAGCUUUCGAAAUGCAUUGUGGACCAGUAUAGGAGCUUCUCUUGGGACUUGGCGAAUGGACAAAAUCUAAAUGGGAAUAAUACCCUUGGUGAGAACAUUGCUGACAAUGGGGGUAUUCGCCAGUCUUAUCAAGCCUACCAGAACUAUGUGAAGAAACAUGGAAAGGAAGCUCCUCUGCCUGGAAUUGACCUCAGUCAUGAGCAACUUUUUUUCCUUAACUUUGCACAGGUUUGGUGUGGAACACACAGACCUGAACAUGCUGUCAACUCAAUCAAAACUGACGUCCACAGUCCAGGGAAGUUCAGAGUCCUUGGAUCAUUACAGAACUUUCCAGAGUUUGCCAACGCCUUUCAGUGCCAGAAACACAACUACAUGGUGCCUGAGAAGAUUUGCCGGGUGUGGUGAUGACUCUUGGGACAAAAGAUGAGGGUUUAUUUGAGGACCUGUGGUCCGUAGACCCUCUCACCUCUCUGUUGACUCUUAGACCACUGUGGCAGAAGCCGAGAAAUGUUCGACACAGGGUAAGCUAGGGUCGCUAUGCUCAACUCCACCAGUGAACUUGAGCCAUUUAUGGACAGUGGGAACUGUCUCGAUUCACUCCUAAAAGCAACAGCCAAUUUUUUUUAUUUUAGUCAGUGCAAUCUUUACUCAAUCCAUGGCUCUUACUGUUUGUAUUCACUAUGACAAAUCUAAAGUGACAACUAUGUAAGUAGAGAUACUGUCAACAUUUUGUAUCACUUUUUGUUAAUAUCAAGUAAAACUGUGAAUUGGCUAUAUUAGUUGCAUUCUGUAUAGGCCUUUACAUAUUUAUCACAAUACCAGUAUUACUCCACUGCUUGUACCACCACUGUUCAACCAGAAUAGAUUAUGUAUGAUGCUACCCAGAUAUGCCAAGAAUUGUAUGUAUAAUACUAUGGGAGUUAACUGAUAUUUCAGUGAAUUACCAGGAAAUUAUUGAACUCUGUAUUAAUUUAUCUGAAAACAAGCAAACAAUCAAAUUUUUAUUCAUCACAGUGUAAAUUAAAAAUAUGUAGAUUCAUUUGUAAUUUCUGUCAAUGGAUUUUCCAUAGAAAAUGUCAUAAUAUAAUAAAUGAUUAACUGAGAACAUGAACAAUCGAUAACAUUUACAGCAAAUCAGACACUGAAUUUUUGAUCUGAAAAUCCCAAACUGUCAAAUGACAUGUCUUGUGACAGCAGAAGAACAGAAGUUAUGAAAUUCAAAUGUAUUUGAGUGUACUUGUGCGAUGGUCUACAUUUUUGGUUAAGUUUUUUUUUUUUUCCAUUGUAUAUGCUAGCCUUGACAUUUGCUUGUAUGAAUGGGUGUGGAAGUGACAAAUAAUCUGCAGGCUGUCUGCCGUGAUUGACUAAAAGCCUUAAAAUGAGUUAUUGAUGUUGUCAUAUGAAGUACAGGUUACAUUAGUCAUACUGAGAUCAGUCCAUGCACACAAUAAAUAUUUAUGCCAAAGAUUUUAACACUUACCCUCGCUCUGUAAUCUAGAAAAUGUUCUAUGGUAGUUUCCGAACUGCUGGUCCAAACACACCCUUCAUAACCUCAUAAGCAAUGACACAUACUGCCAAAAUUAAUGCUACUCUUUUCUUUUACUUCAUUUAUAAAAAUGUAUAUGAUUGUAUUAGUGAUAUUGUUAGUGAUCAGGUAACUAUGUAUUUUACAUGAGCCAAACAAAUUUUUUUUCAAGGGCAUUGGGAUAUUGUAAGCUAAAACAUGAACCACAAAAAAAUUAUUUUUUAUGUUUGUCUUGUUUUUCAGCAAAAAUAUCUAAACAUACAUAUAACAAGAUACAUUUACUUGAAAAUCAAAUUGACAUAAGAAAUAAAAUCUUGCAUUCAGUGAAAUCCAAGAAAAUGUUGUGAGAUUUAUACUUAAAAAUGCCAAUGAGAUACAUUUUGUUAGAUUUUUCUGCAAACAAGACUUAAUAUCUUUCCAUUUUGAUCCUCAAUAUCUUGUUUUACAGGACUAGUUCACCAAAAAAUAAAAAUGAUCUCAUCAUUUACUCACCAUCAUGCCAUGACAGAUGUAUGUCUUUCUUUCUUCUGAAGAACACAAAUUUAGAUUUUUAUAAGAAUAUCUCAGCUUAGACGGUCCAUACUAUGCAAGUGAAUGGGUGCCAAAAUUUUGAUGAUCCAAAAAUCAGAAAUUUGUCUUGGUGACAGGAGCUUCCAGUGUACAACAAUACAAAAACAAUACAAAAAGCACCUAAAGGUAGAAUAAAAGUAAUCAAUAUGACUCCAGUGGUUAAAUCCAUAUCUUCAGAAGUGCUAUGAUAGAUGUGGGUUAGAAACAGAUAAAUAUUUAAGUCAAUUUUUGCCAGAAAUUCUUCUUCCUGCCCUGUAGGGUGUAUGAAGAAUUUGAAAGUUAAAGUUGGGAUUGACUGAGCAGUGAGGAUAAUUUAUAGUAAAAAUGAACUUAAAGAUGUAUCUGUUUCUAAUUCACACCUAUCAUAUCACUUCUGAAAAAAAAUAUUUAAAGACUGGAUUCAUAUUGAUUACUUUUAUACUGAUGUAUGUGAUUUUUGGGGCUUAAAAAUUUUGGCACCCAGUCACUUGCAUUGUAUGAACCAAACGAGCUGAGAUAUUCUUCUAAAAAUCAUAAUUUGUGUUCAGCUGAUGAAAGAAAAUCAUACACAUCAUGGCAUAAGGGUGAGUAAAUGAUGAUAGAAUUUUCAUUUUUGGGUGAACUAUCCUUUUAAGGAUGAUAAGAUAAAAAUACAGAUUUUGCAGGGUGAAACAUUAUUUUAAGGAACUUAUCUGGAAAGCUCCUCUGUGAGUCAACAUUAAGCAUCAAAAUGCUACUGUUUAUUAUUUUCUGUUUUGUUCAUUUCUAUCCAUUUGUAUCCUGAAAGUUGUAUUAGUACUUUAAAGUUUGUGAACACUGCUUAUCUGAUAAAAAAAUCUAUACUUUCACCAAAAUCCAUCUCAACCACUCCACAGACAGAUAUACCUCAGAUGCCUGUAUUAAGAUACAUUGUAAUAAGCAUCAUUGAAAGCGAAAUUUGUUUUAAUAAAUUG